CGGCAACAUUAGUUCUAGCUGUCAUUCUCAUCUGGUUGCUGGUGGAAGCGAUCGUUGAGGAUUUUAUUUUUGAUUAUUUUGGCUUUAUUGUUUGAUUUGUCAAAUUGUUGAUUGUUAAAUAACGAGCUCUGACCAUAUCAUUGUAGGAUUACUAUGUCGGUGAUGGAAUUCCUGAAGGAUCUACCGUCGUAUGACGAGCACAACUUCACAUUAUUCAAUACGGACCAUGGGAUUAGAAAUUGUUCGAAAAGACCGUCAAUAUAUUUACCAACUAAGGAUAUACCAUCUGAGCAAAUAAUUGUAACAGAAAAGACAAAUAUACUGUUAAGGUAUCUUCAUCAGCAAUGGGAGAAAAAGAACAACAAUUCACCAAAAAAACGUGACCAGAGCCACAUCGAACAGAAUGGCGACGACAGUCGACCUCGCAAGAGGCCUUGUCUGAACUCUCCAUUAAACUGAAGACCGGCAAACAAGGCAGCCAGUUAGUUUGUGCUUCAGUUAUAGACUUUCAAGUGUAUGGCAUUUUUGUAACAUUUGUAUUCCACAUCUUAGGUCAAAUUAUACAUUGAUUCUCAAUGUAUUGGUCCCAUGUCUUCUGAGAAAACUACAUCCAACAGUCAAGUGCCAUUACAAGGAUCUUUGAACUAAUUUGUUCUCACAUGUGGCUGUAAGUUAUUUAUAUUUCAGUGGAUAUUGAAUAUUGAAAAUCAAAGUAUGAAUUAUAUUCAUUCCAUGUUCUAUUAAUAAGUUUUUUUUUACUCAACAAAUAUCUCCUUGGAGGUUUCAUAUCUUUGAAUCUAAAUUCAUCUGAUAGUAUAAAUAAUUUUAAUAUUCUAAAAUUAAAAAUGUGUUCAGUAAUUUUAGUGCCUCAGUAAUAUUCUUGAGUUAAUGCAAUAUUGAUUGAAACUACAUUUGUUACUGUAGUAUUAUAAUUUUUGAAAUUGAUUUUAUUACAGAUGUGCUAAAUAAUUAGUUGUUGUUUUGACUAUUGUUUUUUUUAAAAUGAAAGCAGUAUAAUGGUAAACCUAUUUGUAUACUGUGUCAAUGAGUGGUUCUCAUUAGCUAGGCACAAGUUAACAAAAGGCCGAAAAUUAUUGUUGUUGGAGUACAUGAAUGUACUGUGCCAUGCAUCAGGCAGAGGUUCAUGAAAGAAGUCUUAUUAGAUGUUUAAGGCACUAAAUAUAUACUUUAUAAUGACAACUGAAUUAAUUUGAGUAUUUUGAAAGCAGUACUGCAAAUAUUAAUUUUGAUGCUAUUUAUGAUAACAUAAAAAGUAUAUUAUUAUUAUGUAUUAAUUGCAAUUUAUUGGUUGGAAAUAGAUUGUACGGUAGAAUGGGGUGAAUAGGGAUUGAGCGGCGAAAAGGGACAGAAGAUGGGGGGAUAGAUACUAUGAAGACCUUAUAUCCCUAUUCACCCCAUUUUACGGUACUGUGUAAUAUUGAUAACUCAAUUUUCAAAACACCAAUAUUUUGUUUAGUGAUGUGAAAAUUCAAAUUUCAAUGAAGUUAGAACUUAUUCUCAUAACUUUUAUCAAUAAUAUAAUGAUUUUUUUCACCAUUUUGAGUUAUCAAUACUUCACAUUAGCUGUGGAAUAGGCGAUUGUGAUUUUAAUUUAGUAGUAUCAAAUAUUCAGUGAAUGAGUGCACAUGCUAGAAUAAAAUGUGAUUGCUGUUAUAAAAUAUUUAUAGUAGUAAACACCAAUUACUGUACAUCCCAUAUUAGUAUACUAUCCACAUUAGCUAGUAAAUAUGUUUGUCAAGUGCUACCAGCCUUAUAUUUAGCAAUUAAACCUUUUUGGCAAUAAAUGUAUGUAGUUUAUAGAAACAACAAUUAUAAUUGCAUGACAGUGGAUUUUAUUGUACUUUCUUUGGGCCCAGCUUGCAGAAAGAUAGCUGUGUUAUUCAUAAUUUACUAGAAACAGACGAAUAAAGUUUUAAUUAUGAUAAUACAUGUGUUUCUAUUGAUUGCUUUGGGCUUAGUAACUUUUGUAGUGGAGAACUAUGCAACAAGUCAUUGAAAAUAAUAUGUAACUGUUUUAGAAAAUUAAAUAUUGUAUUUAAUAUUCAAGGUUAUUCUGUUAUUGAACUAAAAUAAAACUACAAAUUGACUGAAAAAUAACUUUAUUCUAAUCAUUAUACUUAUCUCACAAGUUGCAGAAACAUUCCACAAGCUGCAAACAAAUAGCGGGCACUUCAAUGACUCGGGGCUUAUCAAUGAUGCGGGCAGUGCGGUUGCCUUUCUCAACAAUUCCUAUAAUCCAUGCCUGGUAGCCUUCUUGCUUCUCAAUGUCUUUGCAAUAUGCUGCAGCUUGUUCACGGGGCAAGCAGAUGAGCAGUCCACCUGAUGUCUCGGGAGCAUGCCCUUGCAACAGUUGGAACAUAUUGCCACAUGCCUUGGCUACUGCUGCCAUUUUGGCAAUCACUGGUAAGUUAUGAAUAACAAAUGAAACCUCAUUCUUCUGAUGAGAAGCCAGGUUCUGUGCAUGACCUAACAGGCCAAAGCCAGUAACAUCUGUGGAACCAUGAGCAUUGUAUUUAUGCAUUAAACGAGCAGCAAUGCGAUUGAGCCUGCUCAUAGAAUCCAUUGCUCGGUGAUACGCCUUACGGACAUCUUCUUCAGACACAACCAGCUUGAUACGAUUCCAGCGUUCAGGUUGAUCAAGCCACUGAUGAGCAUUUACAGCUACUUGGGUACCCAAGGGUUUGGUUAACACAAGUACAUCACCCAUAACAGCAUUAUCAGGAACAAUAUAUUCAUUGGGUUGGCAGAUUGUAGUAGCUACCCCGCCAAUUGCACACCAAGGGUUAAUGACAGUCUGUCCACCAGUGACAGAGGUGCCAGCCUCUAGAGCAGAGUCUUUGAAUCCACGCAUAAUUAGAGGGAUCACAACAUCACGCUCUUUCUCAGUCAUCUUUGUUGACACGCCGAGCAGCAUAAGCAUAUUGUCACAUUCUGUAACACCCAUCGCAUACAGGUCGCUUAGUACGUUAGCACACGCGAUUUUACCCAUCAUAUAGGGGUCGUCAACCAAAGGGUAGAAGAAGUCGGUAGUUUGGACCAAACAAAGUCCUCCAUGUCUGAGUGGUGUUACGGAACAGUCCAAGCCGAUACCGAUGCGCGGGAUCGCCACAUGCAUAAAUUGAUCCUCUUGUUGGGAGUAGUCCUGUUGUAGCGAUUCCACAAGUUUACCAAGAACAUCUUGGGGAACUUUGCAGCUUCUUCCUUUCAAGUCCGCAAAUCGUGUCAAUCGAAAACUAGCUUCUAAGUCGUGCGCCACCGGGUCGAAUGGCCGACGCAAGGCCAAAGCGUUGGGGUUACCGGUCAUCUCUAAUUGUGCCGCAGCUAAAGAGUCUUGAGCUACACUUGAUUGAUAAGACAUAUUACACGAAACAAAACAAUAUUAUGAUUUAAACAAAGGUAUUUCGGGUCAAAAUGCGGAUACCCGACACGCCGCCAAGUGACGCUUGCAAAA